AUGUCAACUUCACCCCUUGUUUCUCCUUCUACUUCUACAAAAAGAACCUUACCUAUUGUUGUUGAGACAUUAGGCGCAACUACGUCUGAGACAAAAGAAGGUUUAAGGAAAAUCAAUAACUAUCUAUUAAAAAAAGAAAUUGGUCGAGGUGCUUUUGGUACAGUUCACCUUGGCAUUGAUGAAAACACCCAAACAGAAUAUGCAAUUAAAGAAUUCAGUAAGUCAAGACUGAGAAAAAAGGAACAAAUGGACCUGUUUCGAAGUGGAGGACCCCGCGGAAGAGGACGAGGUCGAAUGAUGGGAUUAGGGGUCAAUAACCCACAUCAACAACAACAACCUACGAAUCCAUUAAACUUGAUUCGAGGUGAAAUGGCUGUCUUGAAGAAACUAAGUCACCCUCAUAUUGUUCGACUGUAUGAAGUCCUUGAUGAUCCCUCAGGUGAUUCACUCUAUAUGGUGUUUGAAAUGAUGCAUAAGGGUGUCUUGAUGGAUAUUGAAAUAGGACAGGUAGCAGAACCUUAUUCGCCCGAGAUAGCCAGAAGAUAUUUUAAAGAGAUGAUGCUUGGUAUUGAAUAUCUACAUGCAAAUGAUAUUGUACAUAGAGAUAUCAAACCAGACAAUUUGCUGUUGUCUCAGCAAGAUGUGCUCAAGAUUGUUGAUUUUGGUGUGUCUGAAAUGUUUGUCAAGGGAAACGAUAAACUCAAGAAAUCAGCUGGAAGUCCUGCUUUUAUGGCUCCUGAAUUAUGUGUAGCUAGACAUGGUGAAGUAUCUGGUAGAGCAGCAGAUAUUUGGUCUAUGGGUAUCACACUUUAUUGUAUGAUUUAUGGUAAAACACCUUUUGAUAGUACCAACAUUUUGGAAUUGUAUGAGAUGAUCAAACAAGCAGAAAUACUGGAUAGAAAUCCUGAUACACGUAUUACAAUGAAAGAACUUCGUGAACACCCUUGGAUUACAAACAAUGGUACAGAGACCAUGUUAUCUGAAGAAGACAACUGUGAUAUUGUCUCUGAAGUCACUGAAGAAGAAAUGAACAAUGCUAUCAAGAGUAUUGCUAGUAUUUUUGCAGUGAUGAAAGCUGUCUCUAAAUUCAAGCGUCACUCUCGCUCCCUCUCUCAAAAAUCAUUGAAUCAAAUUAUGGACGAUGUAAAGAAACAAGACGAUAUACAAGAAGAAGAACAAGUGGUGAAAGCCACAGAGAAUCUUCAUGUUGAAUAA